AUGGCAACAAUUAUCAUUAACAGAGUGCAUGGUGAAUACGGCUUUGAGGCAACAGACCAAUCGGGCAAACAGAUCAGCAUGGAUACUACCCCGGAGAACGGCGGUGAUAAUUAUGGAGUGCGCCCCAUGCAGGGCCUGCUGAUGGCACUUGGCGGCUGUAGUGGUAUUGAUAUUGUCAGCAUCCUGAAAAAACAACGGCAGGAGCUAAACGGCCUGACCUUAAAGGUAGAAGGUGAGCGUGAAAAAGAUAAGGUGCCUGCCUUGUGGGAGAAGGUGCAUGUAUCCUUUAUCAUGUCAGGCCGGGUAGACCCGGAAAAGGCAAAAUAUGCAGCAGCCCUGUCUAUUGAGAAAUACUGUUCGGUUGCAGAAACCUUACGCCGCGCCGGUUGCGAGAUCACCUGGGACGUUACGGUGCCGCCGGGAGUGGCAUUGGCAAAAGUAGUGGUAGCGCCUACGCAUAAGCUCGCAGCACCGCCGGUGAUAGCAGCUACCGUUGGGGUGGCCGUAAUGGUAACCGUGGUAGUGGCUGUGCCGGUUGUGGUGGUAUAG